CACUUUUGUAUAUUUUUAUGUUUGAUUUUGUAAGCAAGUAGUAUUUAAUUGAGAUGAAACUUGGGGUACACAAGACAAAUCAGACUCCUGAAAGGGUACAGAAAGGUUGAGAGCCAUUGGCUUAAAGCUUUAAAGAGAAGGAUAAUUAUGCAAAAUUAAUUCAAGAAAACAGGGCUGUAUCCUUAGCUCUGCAACUGAAGUUCUUUGUAUCCGUGUUCCCAUCUGUAAAGGGGUGGAGAUAAUAUUUCCCUAGUUCAUAGGAGUGUUAUGAGGCUUGAGUCCAUUAUUAUUUCUAAAGCUGUUUGAUCAUCUCAGUUGAAAGGACCAUUCAAGUAGUAAUUUUAAUUAGAUUAGUUUGCAGAUUUCCUAUUGGGAUUGUGAUAAUAUUAGCUAUAACUAUCUAAGAAUGGGUUCUCUUGAUGCAUCGCCCCGCUCCCAUCUGGCACAGGUAGACCCACAGGCAAUCCCCUCCCUCCUUGCCCUUUAUUUUAGGCAAUGCUUUACAACCCUUCUCCUUUGAUGUGGCUUUUAAAUUGUCCCAAAGGGCAACCAGCCUCCUAAGGCUGAUGACAAUGCUAUAUUAUAAACUGUCCAGCAAAUGUGCCAGUGACCAUCAUUUCCAUAUCUCCCAUUCUCCCUUGUUCAAGAUCCUGUUUCUUCUACAAUGCUCCUGACCUCUGUUGUCCUGUGAUGGAGAGAUCUGAGAUUGUUCCAAAUCUGCUUAUCUCAUCCUGAGAAAUAUGUAGCACUACUGCCAAGCCACCAGAAUAUACUUGGCAGCUUGUAAUAGCAAGUGGAAACACAACAUACUUAAUGCAAUUGUCAAAAAAGGUCACUGCAGAGAAAUGUGCAAAGCUCAGAACUGCAUUUUCAGAAAGAUUCAAGACUUUCUGUCAGCCUGUCAGUAUUUGGGCAGGCACUCUGAAGAGCACAAGAGAUUUGUAUCUGUGGUGGCCCUGCUGCAGCAUCUUUGAGGGCGGAGGGGGAAGUUAGGUAUAGAAAGUAAAUUUUUUCAGGCUAGCUUUUUUCCCCACGUAGCUUCUUUACUGCAAUCUCCAUAGUCUUACACAGAGUCAUCAAAAUUGCCGUAAUACUCUCCAAAAAUCUUUCCCACAGGUAAAACCUGUACUCUAGAAAUGAAUAGGGCACAUCAAUUUCCAUAAGAGCUGGGUGCAUAUGUAAUCAUCCUUCUCCCCCAUCCAACUGAGCUACCUAUAAAUCUUAUGUCAGAUGCUUUUACCACCUCAGUGUGCACCUUGGGCUUAGUCUACACUUUUAAGUUUUGCGGAUAUAGCUACACCGGCUAACCCCACCUACUGUAGAUGCAGCUUAUACUAGCAAAAAGAGUGCUUUUGCUGAGUGAAAUAGGCUACACCCACCAUGGCACAUUUCUGCCAGUAUAGCUGCGGCUACACUAGGGCAGCAAACAUUGCUAGCAUGGAGCUGGCCUUAGUGCACUUUAAACCUUUUCAGAAGGAAAGGGCAAAUCUUGCCCAGGCAGCUGCCUGGGGAGCUGGAUGGGCUGCAGGAAGCACUCAGCCCUUUGGUCUCUGGGGACACAUUCAAAUCUUGGAAGGGCCACACCGAGGGAGGCGGUGUCACCAUGCAGCUACAUUCACUGGGUACCUCCUGCAAGCACUGUGUCAGUGACCAGGGACGCCAAGGCAGCCCUGCGUCUGCCAGUCUCUCCUCCCAGUCACAACGCAAGCCCCAAGGACUGGCCAGAGAGAUGUGGUUAUUGCACCGGAACCCCCACUUCCCCACUCCAUGGGGACAGAGAUGGCCCUUGGAAGCUGAGUUAGCCAGCCUGACCUAUGACGCUGAGGGGCAGGGCAAAUAGAUUGCAAGUCCCAGCGUGCAAAGCAGCAGGGCAGGGUGCAUUGCACGAUGGAACUUAUAGUUUCCAGGGGCUGUUACCGGGAUACCACCGUAAACAAUGCCUCCAGGAGCCGCAUUGUUCUCUCUGCGGCAGGCGGGCUCCCAAGCACCAUGCAACCUAUGACAAAAAUAGCCCCAGGGGUGUGGUACUGGAAAGAGGAUACCAAAACACUUGAAUUUGCAAGCUCCAUCCCCGCCGCAGAUGCUAAAGAGAAACUCAAGAAGGGCAAAACCAUCCAUUUUCAGGAAAUGGGUAGUAAAACACUAGACAGAUCGACUCCUAGUAUGUUUCGAGAUUUGUUUGGUGCAAGAUUCCCUGAGAAAAGAAUGAAUAUACAAGAAGAGAAAUCCCCUAGGCUGUCGAAGCGGGGACAAAAUGAGUGUGUUACAUUAGACGAUGUUAAAUAUGCUGCUUUGUUUCUGGUACAAGAAGAUGAAUCAUAUCAUAUACCUUCUUUUACAGCAGUUAUGAGGAGUAAGCAGUUGGAUGAGUUCCUCAUGGCUCUGCUUUUCUAUUUAUCUUAUUAUCUGGAAAAAAUUGCCCUGGAAAAGAAACCCAAAUCUUUUAUGGUAAACCCCAGUGUGUUAGACCAAAAAGAACGGGAGGAGACAUUGGCUAAGCUAACAGGAACCAAGAAACACCUUGCCAAGGUGUACUGCAUCCUUAUUCUUGGACUAGGAAUGGCUGAGCAGCAUCACAUGGCUUGUGGAAAGAGAAAAACAUCAUCAUCACAGAAGGACCGAGAGUUCUUUGAGUGCUUCUACAACUUCUGUACAUACGUGGCCUGGGUGGUGUUCAGACGGAAGCACUUCCAAGAGAUUCAGGAAGAAGUGGGCAGGCUUCUUCGCUCUGACAUAUUUAACCCCGCGUUGAGAGAAAAGAACAGCCCCAACCUGCAGAAAACAGAUGUCUCUGCCGAUCAGAGGAAAGUUAUCUUUCCCUAUCACAGGAGUGUAUAUGCCAGACGCCCAGCGAUAAAGAGCGUCGUUGGCCAGCGCUCGCCGGUGCUCAGUACGCUACUGCCCCUGCCCAAAGACAACGCUCAGUAUCUCUUCCAGACCCAUUACCUGCAUCGGGGCAGAACCCUUCCAACCUGCAGCAGCAAGGACCUGCCGGACUACUCAACUGUUGAGCUUACACCCAAGGUUGGCAUCAUUGGAGCCCUUCGCAGCAAGUUUAAUCCCCACACUCUCAUGCCUAUUGGGGUGAUAGAGGAGGAGGAGGAGGAGAAGGAGGAAGAACAAAGAACAAAGAGAAACAGUUUCUUAGCCAGUUCAUAUGACCUGGCUUUGUCGUCCCACAGAGGCACCCAAGUUGCAAUCAGUCGCCCGAGCAUGGUACUCUCAAGAGCAACUACGGAGGGGGACUACUCUGAGAAUGGUUAAUAGAAAUGGCGCCCUCUAGCAUUGAGGGUAAUUCUAGCAUGAGUUAAGUAAACCACUUUGAAGCUUCAUGUUUAAGAGCAGAGGCCAUUUGUUACAGGUAGUGCAGCCUAGUGAAUAGGGCACUGGACUAGGACUAGGAUUUAGGUUCUGUUCCCAGCUUGGCCACUGACUUGCUGUGUGACCUUGGGCAAGUUAUUUCCCCCCACUUAGUGCCUCAGUUUCCUCAUCUGUAAAAUGGGAAUAAUGAGACUGACUCCCUCUGUAAAGCAUUUUGAGAUCUAUGGACCAAAAGAGCGAGGUAUGAUUAUUAUUUAUUCCUUUAAAAUUUGCAUUGCGAGAAGAUUCCUAGAAGGAUUAAAAGUUCUGGAAUUGAUGGUUUUACGGGAAUUUCCUCUUACAUGUUUAAUAUAUUAUGUUUACGCAUUUUUGAUUUCCAGAGUGUUUCACUGGGCUUUGCACAUAUGCAUCUCUCCAUACUAAUGCAUGACAGAUGUUGCUAAAUGAAUAGCAAAGAUGAAUACCACUCUUUAAAGAUAUGGGGCAGAUCCUCAGUUGUUGUAAAUCAGUGUUGCUACACUGAAAUCAAAGGAGUGAUGCUGAUUUACUCCAGAUGCGGAGCUAGCCUGCAGUAUUUAUUAUAUAGCAUUUCUCUCUCAUCUUUCACUUUCACCAGUGGAGGAAAAUAGGUCCUAGAAUUCAAAACAUCAAUUCUUGGAAAGUCUUGGAUUCUGUGACUUUCAGAGUCCUCCGUGACAUUUUCCGCUUCAGCUCUGGGACGGCGGGGCUGGAGCUCCCAGCCAUCAUGGGGACCCUGCAGCUCCAAACUGCCAGCCACAGAGCUCUGAGGGACUACAGAUGGUGCGGGCCAGAGUUCCCAGCCUUCCCAGCCACCAUGGGUGGCGGGGGCCCCCAGGGCUUCCAGCUGCCGGCCCCGGAGCUCCCAGCUGCCCCAGGCAGCAGGAGCCCCACAGCUCCCAACCGCUGCAGGUUCCCUGGAGCUCCCAGCUGCCGGAGCUGCAGUGGGGGCUCAGGAGCUGUCAGCUGCAGUGGCAGGUGUUGGACCCCUCUUCCCACAGCAGGGGUUGGGCUUCAGUCAUCCCCUUCCCCAUGGGGCUCAGUCAGCCUCCAGUCAGGCCCGCCCCCCUUAUCUUUAGUAAAAGUCACAGACAGUUCAUGGGCUUCCGUGAAUUUUUGUUUAUUGCCCGUGACCUGUCCGUGACUUUUACUAAAAAUAACCAUGACAAAAUCUUAACCUUAGUCAUAAGAAAUUACAAGGGUUUACCUAUAAAACUGUCCGUAUUCUGUUACCAUUACCAUUAGCAGAAAACCCUGGUGAAAUCCUGGCCCUUUUGAAGUCAAUGGGAAUUUUACCAUUGAUUUCAAUGGGACCUGCAUUUCACCCCCUUGGCUCUAACAAUGAAAGAAAACCAAAGACAGGUAGAGUUUUCUGAGAGCCGAGAAGAAAACUUUAACAUCUCAGUGUAUUGUUUAAAAUGCUAUCUAUGGGACCGCUACGAUCUCCUCAUGUACAUAGAUGUUGAAUGCGACGUGCUUUGUUCAGAACAAACACUUCUAUAUUAUGCAUUUCUGCACUGGUUUAGGGAGGGCAAGUUAGUGAGAAGACAAAUACACAAGAAUCAGAUAUGGGCCUAAGUAAAUGUCCUUUUCUCAUGAAAAACAGAUUGCUGCUAGUAUAUAUAGCAGAAGUUCCAAACACCUGGCCCCCCACUGAUGUAUUUAUCUCAUCCUCAUAACCUUCAGGUUUUGCCAAUAUUAAAGUUUUAUUUUUAGAAAAUAAUCAGUAAAGUAAGAUUGCAUCGUGUGUAACAUGACCUUAAUGCUCUCACAUAUGGCCUGAAAAAUAGCACUGAGAGGAGGCUGGAUAUCUCACUGAUCAGAGUCCAAUGAUGACACUUCAAGGGCUAGAUUUUCUAAAAACUUGGUAGGGCCAGUGCACAUACAAAAUGCACAUACUGCUUGGUUUUGGGAGUCUCCAAAGUCCUCUAUGUGGUGUAUUGAGAACUGUAUUGAAAUUGUAGGUUGUCACUUUAAAUGGAUUUUCCUGGUCCUGCUUGCAGACUAGGGGUUUCUGUAAGGAAGCAUGUGAUCUGGGUCUAGCAGCAGUCAGUCUGGAGGCAGACAGUCUAUAGUAAGGUGAGGUGAAUUGUGCCUCACUUCCUUAGGGAGCAGUCUGAUUUCUUUCUGGUUUGGGGCUCUUAUAUGUUAUCAUUCUGAAUUCUAAGAAAUAAAGCUGUUUUUUGCAACCUUUCAGCAAGAGUAUUUAUGUGUUUAUCUAACCUCUCUGUGUGUAUGCUGUGAACAUAGCACCCUACAGCACUUUUCCCCCACUGCAUUGAUGCAGCACAAAUUAGGCCAACUAGUAGGAGUUUGGUGACUACAGAAGGGUUUUCUUCUCUUGAUCUGUGCAGAAACCUCCCAUUGACCCCAGUGAGAACCCUGCAUGGACUGAGGGGUGUACAUGGCCCCAGCUUUCUAGCUACAGCCCAUGUCCCUGAAUUAAAAAUGCAAUUUGCCCCAUCCCCAGAAUGAGUCUGAUAACCCAAUACAUUAUAUAUUGGCUUUCCUCAGGGCCAGACAUUGCCUACCACAUGCAAAUUAGACAAAUUAGAAAAAUGGUCUGAAAUCAACAUGAUGAAAUUCAAUAACGACAGGUCCAAAGUACUUUACCUAGGAAGGAGAAAUCAAAUACACAACUACAAGAUGGGGAAUAACUGGCUAAGUGGUAGUACUUCUGAAGAGGAUCUGGGGGUUAGAGUGGAUUACAAAUUGAAUAUGAGUCAAUAAUG